CAUCGUAGGCAUCGUUGCUGUUGCCGCCGCUUCUGUUGUUGUUGCCAAAACGCGCACGCUAAAAUACUAUUCGUACCUUGGCAGUUCGUUGCUCGUAUUAGUUGUUCUUGCCAUCAAUUAGCGCCUUUGGCUUUUUUGUUUUUUAGCCAAUUUGUUUUUUGUCUCUCUGCUCUGAAUCACGCCGAUGAAAACGACGACCACGCCAACGACGACGACAACACGGCUAAGCCCUUAGCGCAUCAAUCAGUUGCAAGACGAUCGAUUAACUGGCAACAACGAGCUGAGCGCGAGCGCGUUGCCGAUUGCAACGAAUGCUGGAACAGCAGCUGCCAAUUCAUCUCCAUUCUUCAACAUUUGCGGCACGUGUGAAAAAAAUUGUACAAAUUUUCAACAACAAAAUUAUUGAGAUAUUUUCAAUAAGCACCGAGCAGCCACAGCAGCGGCCAUAAAUUUGCGCACAAGAAUUUCGUGUGAAAAAAAAUUAAUUCAAUUACCUAAUCAGUUGGCCAUUAAUGUGCGUCGUCGUCGCCGCAGCCGUCUUUAGUGCAUAUGCGCGUGUGUUUGUGUGAACUUGUUUUUAUAUAAUAUCGCAUUGCGAAGAGUGCGAAUUUCGCCUCAUACGGCCCCUGCAUUGCUGGCGAACGGUUGCGUUUAGAGGAUUUGCAUUUGGGACCAACAACUACGGAUUACGCAAACACAUGGCUGCGGACGAGGCGCUUGCCGGCAUCGGCGAGCUGGUCUUCUCGCUAGUGGUUGGCUAUUUUGGAGCGCUGGAAUUUGUGUUUGUGGCACGGCAGCUCUAUCACUGGACCUUUCAACAUAACAGUGCAGCGGCGGCUCUCGAUGCAGCAGCCGAUUCUCAGGAGCUGCCGCGCUUACGUGAGCGCCUUAAUGAUGAGUUGGACACUGCAACGGCACGGGAGCAGGCGGCGGGUACACAGGUGAUGCAGGAUGGUGUGGCCUACAGCAAUGGAUUUCGUGUCGAUCCAUCGCAAAUGAAUCCAAUGUCGUCGGAGAAACGUGAGGCCCUCGAAGAGGAACUAGAGCGACAGCGACGCAUCGAGAAGGAGACACGCAAACAGCUGGCAGAGGCUGAGGCUAGAUUGGCGGAGGAACGCAAAAUCGCCGAGCAACAGAGAAAGGCUGCCGAAGAAGCAGAAGCCGCCGAAAAUGCUAGAAAACUGAUAGAGGCGGAGCAGCGACGCGAGGCUGAACAGCGACAACGAGAGGAAAUCGAGAGACAAGAAAGAGAAGAAAACGAAAGAAAACUUAAAGAAGCAGAGCAGCAACAACGUGAGGAAAUUGAACAGAAAUUGAGAGAAGCCGAGCAAAGAGAGCGCGAGGAGAAUGAAAGAAAACUAUUGGCAGCUGAGCACGAGCGACAGGAAGCCGAACGCCAAAGAGAACUCGCCGAAGCCGAGAAUGCUGAGCAGGAACGGAAACUAUUCGAAGCCGAGCACCUGCGACAACAGAAUCAGGCAGAUUUGGAAAAGGAUCAGGAGCUUCGAGAUGCCGAAAUUGUUGAAAGAUUGUUAGCGGCCGAACGCGAGCGCAAGCUCAGCGCCACCGAAAGCGAGUUGGAAGAAGAAGAAUUGAUGGCACAGCAGGCACGCCGUCUAUUGGCCACGAAAACACAACUGGAACAAAAACAAAAGCUAAUUGAGGAAAAUGCACGUAAGUUCCUGGAGGCUGAAGAGGAAAUGGUUGUAUUGCAACAACGUAUGCUAGAGUCCAUCCAGGAUUCGGAAUAUUCCGGGCAGACGCCGGUCGUAGAAGAGCCGUGCAUUAAGCGAAUUGUUCCGCCCAAGUUUGAAGAAACACUGGCAGAUGAGCCGCUGGUCGUGCAAAAGGUAAAAACACAAUUCGGUCAAAGCAGCAGCGGCGAGGAACCCUACGCAACUAAAACUCUCAUUUUUCCUGGUGUGUCCGAUGAAGGCUCAUCCGUUGAACCGAAUUCAAGUCAGCAAUCAUCGUUUAGCACACAGCCGUCUGAGGAACUAACCGCAGAAGCGCUUCGUGCGCAUUUGGAGACAGAGCGUCAGGAGCCGGAUGGUGAGGACAAUGUGCCCGAUAUGCAAUACACCGAAGAUUAUCUGCGUUCACUGGACGGCAUAAAAAACCGACCAUUGGUGAGAGAAGAUGGUUCGGGACGUCGACGGGCCUUCAAGAAGCGACGUUCAAGCGGCAGUUCCAAUUCCUCUCGUGACUCACGGGCUUCACGCGAAGAAGAGCUGAAAAUGUUUACGUCACUGGAGGAAGAGGAGCUGCGUAAAGGCGACAAAGACGAUUACAAUCCCAUAAAGUACGGCAGCGAGCCCACGCUGCGUGUCAAGUCUCACCACAGACGCCACAAGCGCAGUCCUGCGAAAGAUAUAAAAUCUCCCAGUGCCGAUUCCAGCUCACUGGAAAUGCUGGGUGAAGAGAGCACAAAUCCCUGGGGUGAGGUAGUGCCGGAGCACUAUAAAGAUACUGAGUUCUGGAAACGUGAAAAGGCACUGUCGAUAGAUGAAGAAGAGCUGGAGUUGGAGAAACGUGCCUCUGGUGAAGAGGUUGUCGAGGAAGAAGCAACUGCCAACAAUGUACCAAAGGUUUCGUCGUUUGAGGAAGCCACAGAGGCACAAAAUGCGCAAGCGGCAUCGGCUCUAAAAGAGCAGCUAACCAAAGAGAAGGAGGAAGGCGAUAGCGUGCAGGCACCACAGGCUGCGGAAAACAAAUCAAAUUUGCAAACCUCCAACACAACGGAGGGGCAUUCAAGGCAAAGCUCACCUGGCUUGCGUCGCAGUCCACGCAUCGACGAAAUGGAUCACUAUGAGGAGCGUUGGCGUGAAUCAGAAGCAAAGCAGAUGCCCAGCAUCACAGUGGAAGCAGCAGACACGGCGCCUUGGCGGGAUCAGUAUGGACUUCUUAUGGAGGGACUCAGCGAUUUCUACGACUUUACAGCAUCGACCAAUCCCUCGAGAUCGCGUUCAAACUCUCGUAAUCCUUCGCCACAGCCAAAAAAUGUGGCCAAUCGCAUGGAUGUAGACAAUGAGCGCACAUUAGAGGCUUACGAUGACACCGAUAAUAUAGUGCCGGGCGAGUUGAACUGCGAACUGGUGCUGCAGCUACUGGAAGCUACCAUGAACGGUAAUAGCGUUGAGGAGCUGCCACUGCAGAAUGUAGCCGAUGAUGCUGAUAAGACGACAAAAAACCAAAUUCUUCCCAUGGUAUAUGAGACCUCGGAUGAAGCAAACACGGCUCACUCCCUUUUGCAAACUCCAAAAGAUGUGGGCGUGCGCAGUUCAAGAUCUCGAUCACGCUCACGAUCACCUUUGCCAACAACAGAAAACCUAGAGAGAAGCAUAAGCACUCGUCGUGAAAGACUUAUUAAACAAAAUGACGAGCUUUUUGAAAGAAUAUCCAGUGGUUGCAGUAGCCCAAUAGAUAGUACUGACCCUAAUAUGGAAAAUCAUAGUGACGACAUAGCUACCUCCUUGCCAUUGCCUGUAGUGGAAAUUAAUGAGAUUAUUGAAAGCGCUCAAAACGAAGAGAUAAUGGAACGUAGCAGUCCAGAGCAUCAGUAUCUGUUUGUAGAAAGGUCACGUAGUGUCCGUUCCAGAUCCCGCUCUCGUUCCCCCUCACGUUCCCGUUCCCCACUACCUACUGCUGAUAACAUCGAACAGAGCCUGGAAACACGACGUCUGAAACGAAUUCAACAUAACGAUGAAAUAUUUGAACAGCUGCAAGAACAAAAAAGAGCGCAGACACCCGAACCAACUGCUAGUAAUAUACAACCGCCUAUUAUCUCUAUCGAAAUGGUUGAGGCGCCUGCUCAGGAAGAAGAGGAGGCAGGAGCCCAAAUAUACUCAUCCGAGAACGUGACAAGCUUAUUCGAACAAUUGCGCCUUAACCGCUCGCGGUCUCGUUCCAAAACGCCGCUGCCCAAUUCUGACGCUCUAGAACACAGCUUGGAACAAUGUCGCCAGGAUUUGAUAGAGCAAAAUGAAGCAAUAUUUGAACAGCUAUUGGAACGCGCCAGAUCGCCAGACCCUCCACGCUUAACUGUGGAAUAUGUGUACGAGUUUUUGGAGGCUGAGCAGGAGCAAGAUCAUGAGAGUGAACGAGAUAUGCGAUCCCUAUCACCUUCUCGCUCGCGGUCUGGUUCCAAAUCCCCAGAUAAUAUGAAUCGCGAUACAGAAGACUUCCAUCUGAUGCUCAAUCUUGAAGGAUCUGCUAAUCGCACACUAAGCAAAAACAGUGAGGAAUUAGAAACAGUUUUGGCGGCUAGACAGCGAGAGCUGGAUCUUGAAGCACUGCAGCAGUUGACAAAUGCCAAUGAGGAAGUAGAAUUGCGCGUGCUCAGUCCCAGCGAGGAAGAACGCCACGAGGUAGCCCAAUCAUUGCCUGAGUACAAACGUACGGUCUCUGAUGUAGCCAGGGAUCUCAGGAGAAAGCUAAGGCCAAAAGGCUUCAAGCGAUCAACCUAUGUAGGUGAGUCGCUAGACUUUAGCGAAGAGUUUUCACAUUCGCGCAGCUGCUCACCAUUGCUAGACAAGUUGGAUUUAGAAGAAUCCCAGGAGCAUGUGGCAAAUGAAGGCAAAUCAUUGCCUGAAUAUGAGCGCACCGUCUCUGAUGUAGCCAGGGAUCUCAGGAAGAAGCUAAAGCCGAAAGGCUUCAAACGUUCAACCUAUGUAGGUGAGUCAAUAGACUUUAGCGAAGAGUUUUUGCAUUCGCGCAGUUGCUCACCACCGUUAGACAAAUUGGAUUUAGAAGAAUCUCAGGAGCAUGCGGCAAGCCAUCGGGAACUGCAGACAGCCAUCUUAGACUCGCUGAUGACGGCUAGCGGUGGACAGACCAGCAUCGAAGAUCGUCUAGGCGCAAAGCCCAAGACAAACGAAUACGGCCGAACAUUCUCGGAGGAGCUCAAAGAUCCACAACCCAUAAGAGAAGAGCAUCAACGUAGUGCAGAAUUUCAAAGAUCGCGUAGUCAAAGCCGCUCUCCACUACGUGAAGAACAAUUGGAAGACUUAAAAGCCAUUGAUGCCGAAAUAGCCAAACGCGACCUGCAGGAUCAGCUUCUCGAUAAAUUGGCCGCCUCCAGUGUCAAUUUUCAAAACUUCUCGCGCCACUUGAAUGCCGAUUUCUUAGACAGUGAGCGACGCGCUUCGGACUCGGCAUUGAUUCAAAAUGAUCCCUAUGCUGAUCUGGAUCCAGAGGAAUAUCAUCACUUUCGACGCUACUCUCUAGCGCAGGAGCAACCAGUAGAGGAAUAUCCCAACGACGAUUACGUUUAUGUAUCUCAAAUCGAGGUGCGCACCUUAACGGGCACCCGUACAUGGUUGAAAGAGGAUUUCUAUAGUGAUGAUGGGGAAAGCUUUGAAGUGAGCUUAAGUGACGUCACUGGUCACAUGCAGAAAUCCAAUGGUCAGGAAAAAUCAAUAGAAACUGUACAAAGCGUCGAAAGCCUAGAAGGAGAGGGUGCAUGGGCGCGUGAUGUCAUGGCCGUCGAAGCAGCGGAAGCGGAUUUUGAUGCCACCAAUGCAAUCUACAAUUUUGAUAUUGUCGCUGAAUAUGAUAUUCUUGAUGACGCUACCAGUAAUGAUAGUGAAGAUGAACGCCAAACGGUGGUUGAAAUUGAGGACGAAUUCGAUGAGGGUAUAUCGGAUUACAAUUCACGAGGCGGAGGACCGACAGAUGAAUCUCAUCAUGACACAUCUGAGUGCGAGGAAGCAGAGCGUAAUGCUGAUCGCUACGAGAAUCGUGGUGCCAACGAUUGGGAGGAUAUGGAUGACUUUGAGGACUUUCUAGACUAUAGUCUAGACGAUGGUGCAGUCGGAGGAGUGACACCCUAUUCGGACCCCGACUCAUUCAUUGAGCAAAUCUACAAUGAAGCAAUCAAGAAUCGCAAACAGUCGGGUAUAUUGAGAGAUUACGAGACUAUGGUGGAAGAGCAGCUGCCUACAGAAAAUGGCGAGUCGGACAAGGAGAAGUCCAGCUCGGAGAACGAUCGCUAUGCUCUGUGGGCCAAGACCAGAGCACUGGAGCAACCGGGCAGUAACAGACAAGCCGAUGUAUCACUUGGUUUAUUAGAGAGCGAACGAAAGGACUCGGAAAUGCGGUAUUUGGGGGAUGCGCAUGUGGUCGCCCGUCAGUCAACGCGCUUGCGCACACGAUACGGUUACAGCCCCCAGUUGCAGGUGGGAAAUCUAAUGGAUGAUAUUGAGGUGGACAUGAACUACAAGCCAAAGAAAGAAUACAAUUGGCGCAAAAACUUUAAGCUAGAUGAUGGUGAACCGAACGAGAGCGAGAAUAAUGAAGUAGCAAACGAAGGAACAGAAGGGGUAGCCCAGGCAGAAGAGGAGGCGCAGGUGGAGUUGGAGCCGGGACAAGAACCGGAACCAGAAACUGUGCGUUAUGAUAAUGAAGAACUAGAUAAUGAUAUGCGACGUUUCAGUUUGGGGGGCGAAAGUAUAACACUCUUUAGUCGCAGUCCAGUGCGUGAAAUUUUGUCGGGCGUGCCUGAGGAAACUAUGCCGGAAAUGGAAAAUGUGGUGUUAUUGGAACAGGAGUACGAACCAGCCCCACCAAAUACAGAAGAACCCUCCAAUGAAAAGCCAAAGAAAAAGAAGAGCAAGAAGAAGACACGUAAAGGCUCCAAAACGGAGGAGCAGUUACAGAAUGAUGACAACGACUCAGACACACAGCUCUACAGGAAUCUUCAUGAUGAUAAUGCAGAAGUGAACACAACAGAGACGCCACCCAAGCGCAAGUCCCGCUCUCGUCGCAGCUCCAAGAGCAGUCUGACCAAUGAGGAAGCAACAAACAAUGGUUUGUUUUCACCGCGCAGCAGCAUUGGCUUUAUGGGCGAUACCCUUGAAGGUAUAGCGGAGUUGGAGGCAACCGAGGAACCAGUCCAAAAGAAGAAAACCAAAAAACGGAAGAAGGUCAAGGAGGAGAAUCCAGUGGCAGAGCCCGAACAAAUUGAUGAGGCUCUGGCUGCAGCCCUUGCCGCAAUAGCUCCAGUGUCCAUAUCCGCUUCCACACACCUGACACCCUCAUCUACACAGCAGAAUAUACUGUCCGCUAUAAGCACGGGCCAAAGUGUCUGUAUUACGCCUUCAUCAUCUGUGGAGUCCACCACAGCCGUAGAGUUGCCAGCCAUCCCCAACAACAGCAAUAGCAACUCUGUUGUGCCUGCUCGCUCCGUCGUGGACACCUUCGACAUACUCAAAGAUGCUAACUUCUAUCCGCUUUUCUAAGCUGCGCUUUACGGGUUUCGCACAAUCGCUCACUUUCUCGCUUCUUCGUCUUCUAAUUAAACUAUAUAUUUCACUUCCUUUUUUUCUUAUAGACAUAAAGCCCCAAUCCAGCAAAAUGCACGCAAAGAACCACCACCCAGUCACCCAGUCCGCCAAAAGACAAAUGCACACACAAUGCACUGAAGGUAUACGCCACAUGCCGAUCCAUUUAAAAGAAGACAAAGAAACCGUGUAAAAUACUAACGUAACGAACAGACGAACGAUUUUCUGAAUGAACAGAAAGUUUUUUCAUUUUUUUUUUCCUGUAUCAUAUGAGUUUGAAAAUACAUAUUAUCUUCAAUUUA